UUCAGCUGUGAGCAGAGACACCGGCAUGGAGGUUUUUGGAGAGGCUGCACCAUACCUGCGCAAAUCCGAGAAGGAGAGAAUAGAAGCUGAGAACCAGCCAUUUGAUGCCAAGACCUACUGCUUUGUGGCUGACCCCGAGGUGGAGUACACCAAAGGGAAGAUCAAGACUGCACAGGUUGGGAAGAUAAUUGUCGAGACAGAGGAUGGCAGGACCAUUGCUGUCAAACCUGAUGAUGUAUAUGCCAUGAACCCACCUAAGUUUGAUAGAAUUGAGGAUGUGGCCAUGUUGACCCAUCUGCAUGAACCUGCUGUUCUCUACAACCUCAAGGACCGCUACAGCUCCUGGAUGAUCUAUACCUACUCGGGUCUCUUCUGCGUCACCGUCAACCCCUACAAGUGGCUGCUGGUGUACAACCCGGAGGUGGUGUUGGCCUACCGAGGCAAGAAGCGCCAGGAGGCCCCUCCACACAUCUUCUCCAUCUCUGACAACGCCUAUCAGUUCAUGCUGACAGAUCGUGAGAAUCAGUCUAUCCUGAUCACUGGAGAAUCUGGUGCAGGGAAAACUGUGAACACGAAGCGCGUCAUCCAGUACUUUGCAACAAUUGCAGCAAGUGGAGACCUAGCCAAGAAGAAGGAGUCCUGUGUGAAGGGAACGCUUGAGGAUCAGAUCAUCAGCGCUAACCCACUGCUGGAGGCCUUUGGGAAUGCCAAGACCGUGAGAAAUGACAACUCUUCACGCUUUGGUAAAUUCAUUCGUAUUCAUUUUGGUACCUCUGGAAAACUGGCAUCUGGUGACAUCGAAACCUACUUGCUGGAAAAGUCAAGAGUCACCUUCCAGCUGAAAGCUGAGCGAAGCUACCACAUCUUCUACCAGAUCCUCUCCAACAAGAAGCCUGAACUCCUUGAGAUGCUCCUUGUCACAGCCAACCCAUACGACUACCCCUUCAUCAGCCAAGGGGAGAUUUCUGUGGCCAGCAUCAAUGACCAGGAGGAACUUGUUGCCACAGAUGCAGCCAUUGACAUUUUGGGCUUCAGCCCUGAUGAGAGAAUGGGGAUUUACAAGCUGACAGGGGCAAUUCUGCACUACGGGAACAUGAAGUUCAAGCAGAAACCACGUGAGGAGCAGGCAGAGCCAGAUGGCACAGAAGAGGCUGACAAAGCAGCGUACCUGAUGGGCCUGAACUCAGCAGACUUGCUGAAAGCUUUAUGCUAUCCCCGGGUGAAAGUGGGAAAUGAAUACGUCAUGAAGGGCCAAACGGUGGAUCAAGUGCACCAGGGAGUGAAUGCCAUUUCCAAGUCGGUCUAUGAAAAACUCUUCUUGUGGAUGGUGAUGCGCAUCAACCAACAACUGGAUACCAAGCUGCCAAGACAGCAUUUUAUCGGAGUCUUGGACAUUGCUGGCUUUGAGAUUUUUGAGUUUAACAGCUUUGAGCAGCUCUGCAUCAACUUCACCAAUGAGAAACUGCAACAGUUCUUCAACCACCACAUGUUUGUGCUGGAGCAGGAGGAGUACAAGAAGGAAGGAAUCGAAUGGGAGUUCAUUGACUUUGGGAUGGACCUGGCUGCCUGCAUUGAUCUUAUAGAAAAGCCCAUGGGCAUCUUCUCCAUCCUGGAAGAGGAGUGCAUGUUCCCCAAGGCAACGGACACCUCUUUCAAGAACAAGCUCUAUGACCAGCACCUGGGCAAGUCCAACAACUUCCAGAAGCCCAAACCUGGCAGAGGCAAGGCUGAGGCUCACUUCUCGCUGGUGCACUACGCUGGCACCGUGGACUACAACAUCUCUGGCUGGCUGGAGAAGAACAAGGACCCCCUGAAUGAAACGGUCAUUGGGUUGUACCAGAAAUCAUCUAUGAAAAUUUUAUGCAAUCUUUAUGCCACCUUUGCUUCCAUAGAUGAAGGUAAGAGCAGAGGAUUGUCUCUUAAAGGAACCAAGAAAAAGGGCUCUUCCUUCCAAACUGUUUCUGUACUCUUCCGGGAAAAUCUAAAUAAGCUGAUGUCCACCUUGCGAACAACUCACCCUCAUUUUGUGCGUUGUAUCAUCCCAAAUGAAACAAAGACCCCAGGCCUGAUGGAUCACAAGCUUGUUCUGCACCAGCUGAGAUGCAACGGUGUUCUCGAAGGCAUUCGAAUCUGCAGGAAAGGAUUUCCGAACAAGAUAUUGUAUGGGGAUUUUAAACAAAGAUACCGCCUUCUGAAUGCUAACGUCAUUCCAGAAGGACAAUUUAUUGACAGCAAGAAGGCGUGUGAAAAGUUGCUGUCUUCCAUUGAGAUAGAUCAUACUCAGUACAAAUUUGGACACACUAAGGUGUUCUUCAAGGCAGGUUUGCUAGGUGUCCUGGAAGAGAUGCGAGAUGAUUGCUUAGGACAACUGAUCACACAGACGCAGGCUUUGUGCAGGGGAUACCUCUGGAGACUCGAAUUGAAAAGAAUGUUAGACCGAAGGGAGUCCAUCUUCUGCAUCCAGUACAACAUCCGUGCAUUCAUGAAGGUCAAGCACUGGCCCUGGAUGAAGCUCUACUUCAAGAUGAAACCCCUCUUAAAAAGUGUGGAAACUGAGAAAGAAAUGGCCAUGAUGAAGGAAGAGUUUGAAAGAACCAAAGAAGAACUGGCUAAAUCAGAAACCAAAAGGAAAGAAGUGGAAGAAAAAAUGGUGACUCUGGUGCGAGAGAAGAAGGACCUACAGCUGCAAGUACAGACUGAAAAUGAAAAUUUGGCUGAUGCUGAAGAAAGAUGUGACCAGCUGAUCAAAGUAAAAUUCCAGCUGGAAGCAAGAAUAAAGGAAGUAAUGGAAAAACUAGAAGAUGAAGAGGAGAUGAAUGGUGAUCUGGCAGCCAGAAAGAGGAAACUGGAGGAUGAAUGCUCUGAGCUGAAGAAAGAUAUUGAUGACCUUGAGUUAACAUUUGCCAAGGCUGAAAAGGAAAAGCUUGCCACAGAAAACAAGGUUAAAAACCUCACGGAAGAAAUGACAGAUUUGGAUGAGACUGUCAUGAAGUUAGUCAAGGAGAAGAAGGCCCUGCAAGAAGCCCAUCAACAGGCACUGGAUGACCUGCAAAUUGAGGAGGACAAAGUUAAUACCCUCACCAAAGCCAGGACCAAGCUGGAGCAACAAGUGAACGAUGUUGAAGGAUCUUUAGAACAGGAAAGAAUAGUUUGUGUGGAUCUUCAACGAGCAAAAAGAAAGCUUGAGGGAGACUUGAAACUUUCCCAGGAAGCUAUAGUGGAUCUGGAGAAAGACAAACAACAUUUAGAUGAAAAAUUAAGAAAGAAAGACUUUGAAUUUAACCAGAUGCAAAAUAAAACUGAGGAACAGCAGAAUUCAGUUAUUCAGCUGCACAAGAAGAUCAGAGAAUUGCAGACCCAUGUUGCAGAGCUGGAAGAGGAGACCAUGCAUGAGAAAGCGGUGCGGGCAAAAGCAGAGAAACAUUGUGAUGAGCUGGCUAACGAACUUGAGGAAAUCAGUGGAAGACUUGAAGAAGCUGGAGGAGCCACCAGCGCUCAAACUGAAUUUAACAAGAAGCGUGAGGCAGAAUUUCAGAAGAUGCGGCAUGACCUCGAAGAGGCCACCCUGCAGCACGAAGCCACGGCUGCCGCCCUGCGCAAGAAGCACGUGGACAGCACAGCUGAGCUUGGGGAGCAGAUCGACAACCUGCAGCGAGUGAAGCAGAAGCUGGAGAAGGAGAAGAGUGAGCUGAAGAUGGAGAUUGACGACCUGAUCAGGAGUACAGAGACCAUUGCUAAGUCCAAGGCUAAUCUGGAAAAAACGUACCGCAUCCUGGAAGACCAGAUGAGAGACAUGAAAGGCAAAUUUGAGGAAAACCAGAGAAAUAUGAAUGAGAUGGUGAUACAAAAAGACCAGCUCCAAACAGAGUCCGGUGAACUCAGCCGUCACCUCGAAGAGAACAAAAUCAUAAUGUUACGCCUGUCCAGAAACAAACGGGCAAUUACACAGCAAAUAGAAGAGCUUAAAAGGCAGAUAGAGGAGGAGAUCAAGGCCAAGAACGCGCUGGCCCACGCCUUGCAGUCUGCUCGCCAUGACUGUGACUUGCUCCGGGAACAAUAUGAGGAGGAGCAGGAAGCCAAGGGGGAGCUGCAGCGAGCCCUGUCCAAGGCCAACAGCGAAGUGGCCCAGUGGAGAACCAAAUAUGAGACGGACGCUAUUCAGCGCACGGAGGAGCUGGAGGAGGCCAAGAAAAAACUCACUCAGCGCCUGCAAGAAGCAGGGCAGCAGGCAGAGACUGUGAAUUCCAAAUGUGCCUCCUUGGAGAAGGUGAAGUGGAAGCUGCAGGGGGAGGUGGAGGAUCUGACAGUGGACAUAGAGAGAGCAAACACAUUGGCAGCUGCCCUCGACAAGAAACAGCAGAACUUUGAUAAGGUUGUGGCAGAAUGGAAAGGAAAGUAUGAGGAGAGCAAGCUGGAGCAGGAAGCUCUCUCUAAAGAAUCACACUCUCUGAACACAGAGCUCUUCAAAGUGAAAAAUGCCUAUGAGGAAACCUUAGAUCAGCUUGAAACCAUCAAACGGGAAAACAAGUCUCUCAAGCAGGAAAUAGCUGAACUGGCUGAACAAAUGACUGAAAAUGGCAAAUUGAUUGGAGACCUUGAGAAAGCAAAAAAGCAAGCCGAAGUAGAAAAAUCUGAGCUGCGAUUUGCUCUGGAGGAGGCAGAGGCAGCUCUUGAGCGUGAAGAGGUCAAAAUCCUUGGUAUCAACCAAGAACUGACUCAGAUUAAAUCAGACAUCAGCAGAAAAGUUUCUGAGAAAGAUGAGGAGAUCAGCCAGUUAAAAAAGAACCAUCAAAGAACUGUGGAGUCAAUGCAAGGUGUUUUGGACAGUGAGAUCAGGAGCAGAAGUGAAUCCGUGAGGCUGAAGAAGAAGAUGGAGGGAGACCUGAAUGAUAUGGAGAUCCAGCUGAGCCAUGCCAACCGCCAGGCUGCAGAGGCCCAGAAGACCCUGCAGAGCAUCCAGGGAGUUCUCAAGGACACGCAGCUGCACUUGGGUGAUGCUCUGAGGACACAGGAGGACCUGAAGGAGCAGGUGUCCAUGGUGGAGCGCAGAGCCAACCUCCUGCAGGCUGAAGUUGAGGAGCUACGGGCAGCCCUGGAGCAAACGGAGCGGUCAAGGAAAGUGGCUGAGCAGGGGCUUCUGGACGCCACUGAACGGGUGCAGCUCCUCCACAGCCAGAACACCAGCCUUUUUAACACAAAGAAGAAGCUUGAAACGGAUAUGGCACAAAUCCAAACUGAGGUGGAAGAUAUCACUAAUGAAUCAAAAAGCGCUGAAGAAAAAGCAAAGAAGGCAGUCGCAGAUGCGGCGAUGAUGGCAGAAGAGCUGAAGAAAGAGCAGAAUGCUGGCACCCAGCUGGAGAGGAUGAAGAAGAACCUGGACCAGACAGUGAAGAGCCUGCAGCACCGUCUGGAUGAGGCCGAGCAUUUGGCUCUGAAGGGAGGCAAGAAACAAAUCCAGAAGCUGGAGGCCAGGGUCCAGGAGUUAGAAACUGCACUGGAAGAAGAACAUAAACAAUCUGCAGAGGCUAUGAAAAACAUCCGCAAAUAUGAAUGGCGUGUCAAAGAGCUUACUUUCCAGAAUGAAGAACACAGGAAGAACAUGAUGAGAUUACAAGAUCUAGUAGAUAAACUUCAGAUGAAAAUCAAGUCCUACAAAAGACAAGCUGAGGAAGCUGAUGAACAAGCCAAUACUAAUCUCUCUAAAUUCAGAAAAGCACAGCAUAAGCUAGAAGAGGCUGAGGAAAGGGUAGAUGUCGCUGAGAGUCAAGUAAACAAGCUCAGAGCUAAAACCCGAGAAGGCCCUUCUACAAAGGUAAGCCUUUACUGCAGGAGGCAGCUGCGCAGUCUGUACUGCUUGCUCUAGCAGGUCGAGCAUGGUAUGGCCACCAGGACAGCUCUGUAAGGAAGGGACUUUGAAGGUAGCUGAGAGAGCUGGGAUUGUUCAGCCUGGAGAAGAGAAGCCUUCAAGAACUUAUUGAAGCCUUUCAGUAUAUGAAAGGGGCUCAUAAGAAAGACAGAGAGAGACAUUUGAUCAGAGUCUGCAGUGACAGAACAAGGGGCGAUGGUUUUAAACUGAAAGAGGGCAGGUUUAGGUUGGAUAUAAGGAAGAAAUUGUUUAUGACAAGGGUGGUGAGGCAAUGGCACAGGUUGCUCAGAGAGGUAGUGGAUUUCCCAUCAGUGUUCAAGGUCAGGUUGGAUGGGGCUUUGGGCAACCUAACCUACUGAAGCUGUCCCUGCCUGUGGCAGGGGAUUUGGACUAGAUGAUCUUUGAAGGACCCUUUCAACCCAAACCGUUUUGUGAUCCUAUGAUUCUAUGACUUUGGUGUUUCAGGCUCUGGUAUCGAGCAUGAAUCUUCUGGCUGGUUUCAUCACAUUCAUUGCAGAUUUGAGAAACUGCCUCAUAAACUGAGAGUAAUGACAGCCAGCCUAACUCUGAACAUUCCCCAAACAACCCUCCUGUGAGCCUUAGGCAGAAUUAAUUUUCUGAUUGAGAAAUAUGCAGCAGCACUGUGUCCUUAGCUGAGGUUCCUGGGCAGCUGUCUAUCUCCAGUCCAAGACUGUUUGGAACAAGAUUUAAAGCCUGUUUUUCCUAGUGUGAUCUGAGUGGGUGUGACACCUUCUGACUGCACUAGUCUAGCUCAGUUUGUAGCUGGAGGUAAAAUACCCUCAGUCCACAUCUUGGAAAAAUUAUUGGUGCCUAAAGCGUGUAUCCAGGUAAUGGAUAACCUUGGCUCCAGGUUACCUUCUGGUCAUCCUCUUCAGCAUACUCUUACUCCUACAGCACUUGAAGUCUAGAAGAGAUGCUGUGGAGAGCAUGCUUUCUCCUGAGGGCUCUGGACAGACACUGAGUAGACAAUGUUGGUUCUACCAGAGGCUGGUGUGCAGCUUCCAGCGAGUCUCUUAGAGCCAUGCCCUGUAAAAGGCUUCAGCUCCACAGUGCUUGUCAGGGUAUCUUGCCAACACCCCAGGGGAAGCAUUUGGAAGGCUGAUUCCAGUUUCCUGAACAAAGGCUCUAGGUGUGAGGUUACCUUUGGAAUGCUGAAUCUUUAAUUGAAUUGAAAGCCCAGAGAGGGGCAAGAUUUCAGACAUCCCCUGUUGGGUAUCCCCUGGUAAAGUCAGGUUGAACACGUUACUGUGACAACUCUGCAAUAUAGCGUAGUUUUAGGUCCUGCUUUGAGGUACUUCAUACUGUGCAGUAUAUUUGGAGCCUGGUCAGCUGGCACAAGUUCUGGAUUCUGCUGUGGGAGGGAUAAAAAUUAAGCAUUGUAAUGCCUAAAUCUUUUAAUAGAUCCAGUGGAUCAAUGCUUUUACUCCCUUCCAUAGUCUACACUCACUUUUGAAAAUAGUGGGAUGCUUCUUGUCUGAGAGCAUGGGGGUGUGGGUUGUUUAAGCACUGCAGCAGUAAAGUAGAACUUCCAAAAAAGCCAAUGGAUACAUUUCUCCAUCUCAACCCAUCAGUCCAACAACAGGACUUUAAUGAUGUGUGGUCCUAAGGGUUAUAGCCACUGCCACAUUGACCUGGGCUUCACUUGCACGACCCACACAAAUGGUGCGUUGAGACCGAUAAACUUAGGGACCAAAAGACUCAUCUUGAUGUGUGUGGACUAAACAAAGCCUCUCCUCUCCAGGUGGUGCUGGGAAGUGGAAAAUGAGCUGCCCCCAGGAUAACUGGAACUUACACAAAGUAUUUUUCCAGCUGUGGAUUUGCAGUAGCUAGAGUUGCAGUGGUAGGAAGUUUUCUUCUGUUUGCUUAUGUACACAAACAUUUUCUGUCACUCUGCUGCUGUACCGGUGUCAAUAAAAUACAUAUCUGCACCUUCAGAUGUGCCACACGUUGAUGUUCAGGUGAGAAUAAUCUUCUUUCUAAGUUAAGCAUAGUCAAAAGUGUGGGUUCAAGUCUUACUGCUGCUAUGAUCAUGUCCGAGCAGUUUUUUACUGACCUUAAAAUCCAAUAUUUGACAGGCAUCCUCCGCACUUUCUGCUUGAAAGCAGAUAUCCUAACCUUGUUAAAUGCAGCUGAGAAUAAACUACUGUAUGAACAGA